CCGGCAGUCGUGUUGAUGCCCGGAAGGACCGACAUACUGCAAGUAAGCGCUCUGUGCUGUGCCACAGUCCGGAUUUGUGUCUUGUCUUCUCCCAACUACUCAUCGGCCCAUGAUGAAGCUGUCCGCCAAGUUGGGUCUCCUGACCGAUCUCAGGGCCGCGUUCGCCGUUGCUUUCAUCCCGACCCUCAAGCAUAUAUGGGCAAACCCGCUGCUGCUCUUACGCCCUGCUACUCUGUCGAGAUUCUUCAUGAAUCAAGUCUGGACGGCGUUUGGCGCGCCCACAGAUGAGAUGGGUCGACCGGUCAAGCAGGAUCUCAUCUCACCGUAUGCGAAGGGGGGCGUGCUUGACAUUGGCGCAGGCCACGGCCACACCAUCGACUACCUUGACCGCACCGCCGUGGAUGUCUAUAUUGCCCUGGAGCCGAAUGCACUAAUGCACGAGCACAUCCGAGCACGAGCCAAUGCCGCCGGCUUCCACGAGGAAAACGGAAAGCUUCUCAUUCUCCGGGGCUGUGGCGCUGAGAAUAUCAAUGUCAUCCGUGAACAACUCGACACUGCUGGGACAAAAGUCGACACAAUGAUAUCAAUAUUGACGCUCUGCAGUAUCCCUGACCCACAAGAAACUCUCCACCGGCUGGUGGCUGAGGUUCUUGUUCCGGGAGGCCAGUUUCUCUUCUAUGAGCAUGUGCUCAGCCCCCUGCCCGAGGUCGCCUGGUGGCAGCGGUUUUGGACUCCGAUAUGGCAGUUUGGAUUCGACGGAUGUCGUCUCGACCGGCCUACUCAUCUGUGGAUAGAAAACAUGCCAGGUCCGGAGGGCAGGGGCAUGUGGAAGGAUGGGAAAGUCUGGGGGAAAGACGGGGAACCUGACGAGCAUCUCUUCUGGCAUAGAGCAGGGAGAUUUAUCAAACACUCGGGCUCGUGAAUAUACUUUAUUCCAAGCCGUUUGUCCGAGCGAUCACUCUCUUGCAUCUCGAAUUUCCACUGGGUAAUCAAUUGAAGUCCAACAGCAACGAUAUCGACAUUUCAAUCAGCCCGGUUGCCCAUAGUUUGUGUCCUCUCGAGCGUGAUGGCUGGGCAGAAGGCCUGAUCAUGUCACGUGUGCGCGCUUUAUCGAUUCCCUGCUUCAUUUCAUUUGCACUGCAUUGCGCAGAGUACAUAGUCAUUCUAUUCCGCAGACCAUCCAACAUCCUUCUUCUCUUUCCACCACAUCCAUGGCUCAGAACCCUAACGAAGAUACAGAGUGGAAUGACAUUCUGCGGAAACACGGUAUCAUCGCACCAAAGACCCCACCUCCUCGCACCCCGUCUCCUCCCGCACCGCUCACUCUUGACGAGCUUCUCGAGGACUUUACCCCCGAAGAGCUGGGGGAACUAGCCGAUGAUACGCACAACGAGGAAGAUCUGCGCCGCAUCGAAGAGAUGCGCAGCCAGAGGCUGGAAGAGGAGCGCACGGCGAACAAGCAUGCCAGGUUUGGGCGCGUGUAUCCUAUCGGCCGAGAAGACUACACGAGAGAGGUCACCGACGCGAGCUUAGAGGAGGAUCCAGCAGAUAUGGCAGCCCUCGCAGAGGACGACGAGGAUGACGACGAGGACGGCAAACCCAAACGUCUCGGGGGGACUCCGGUCGUAUGCAUACUGUACAAACCUGGGCUACCGCGUUCGGACGUGUUCCUCACGCAGGUGAACGCUCUCGCGGCUCGUUAUCCGCGCACGAAAUUCGUCUCCAUCGUCGGGGACAAAUGCAUACCCGAUCUUCCGGACGCUCGGGUGCCCAUGUUCAUCGUGUAUCGCAGAGGGAAUUUAAUACAUCAGGUGAUGGCAUGGGGCAAGGAUCGACCGCGGAGACCAGAAGAAUUCGAAGCGUUGCUUCUCGUUGUUGGGGCACUCCAUCCUCCCGACCGUCUGCCACCUCCUGCGAAACGCGAAUCAGAUGACGAGUCAGAGGAAGAAGACGGGCCUCCCCGUCGUUCGGCCGGUGCAUUGACCAACGGAAAGCGCGAGAAAAAUAUCCGAAAGCGGGAAGAUGAUGACGACGACGAUUUCGACUUCGACAUGUAAAUUUGUCCCGUGCAGCGCUCGGCGGCAGCCAUCGCAUUAAAUACGGAGCACAGUGUAGUUGUAAUUUUGUGCUAUAUCGUUUCUCUUUCUGCCGCAGCGACUCCUGACCGUCCCCCGGACGCGUACAUGACUUCCGCGUGAGCAAGCGCAGGCGGGGUGUACUCUGCGUCGGGUGCGUCCACGCGAAACACGUCACCGAGCCCGGCGGGGAAUGUGGAGGUGGGGAGCUGUACCAGCUCGGCCGGAGUUCGUGUCAAAUAAACUCGGAGCACGGCGUCCUCAGCAGCCUGGUAGACGGCGGUUCAGACCGUGGAAAGCAUUCUGACAGAGUCGGUAAACGUACCCUAUACUCUGCCAUCCUCAGCGAAGCCCCGAAGCCCUCUCCAAUCUGGUCCUCUCCGGAAAAUAUCCCAACUACGAAAACUGGUGAAUUCGAGAAGCGACCCGUUUCCUUGAGCAGUCGUGAUUUUGGUGGCUCCCUUCCGAACUUGGCGACCAUCUCCUUCAGGGCCUUUUUAGGGUCGACGAAUUUGAUGAACGAGCGAAUAUCCACAGAACGCGACAGAAGGAAGUGCGUGUGAACAAAAUGGCGGGCGGAGGGGAGAGACCGGUGGGUAUAGACCAACGCAGUGAGUGCUCUCGGAAUGGAGGCGAGAGCGUCGCUUCGUUGUACUGGGGGUUCCGAAGACGACGAGGGACUCUGGAAGCAAGUUCAAAAACAAUGAUAUUGGCAGAAUUGGAACGCACAUCUCGCGACCACCUCAGCAGGGGCGCGGCACCCAUCUCUUGUGCCACGCUCGCACACGUCGUCGGGCCGACAUGGGCAGUGACUGCUGCUUUCAAUACCCGCGUCGGUAAAUAGGGAUACACGGCGUGUACAUAUUCGGAUGCAAAAAGACCCAUGAGGGCAUUGCCGAGUACACUCAGUUGUGCGUUGGUCGGUAUUGGCGCUGCAUUCGGGUCAUGGUGUCGCGCCAGGGCUUGGAUGGAAGGAUGUGUGCAUGCCUGGAGUACGAGUUCCGGGUCUGGAAGCACGGAGCCGAGACCAACUCUGUGGGCAAAUGCGGAGAGGGCUGAGGGAGGAGGAGGUUGGAGUGUGGCCCAUUCCGUGGGGUCAAACCCGGUGAUUUUAGGUGACUGGGUUGAUCGAGGGGGAGGGAAUUUGGGUAGGUGGGAGGCCGAAAUGGCGUUUAAGGACUUGACGGCCCGCUCCACCACGCGUCGCUGCCCAUAGACCAUAGUGGGUGGAAGGAGGAC